AUGAAAGUCGAUCGUUUUUGGUAUGCAAAUGAAACAGCCAAUAUACCGGCUGUAUGGCAUUAUGGUUCCGGUGUAUUUUCCCUCGUAUGUUUAAUAUUUGGUAUUGUAUCAAAUGGUUUAGUUAUAUUUGUAUUUAUCAGGAAUAGUGUUUUACAAAGGCCAAGAAAUUAUUUUCUUAUUAAUCUCGCUAUCGUAGACUUUGGUUUGUUGCUCACUAGUAAUUCAAUGCAUGUUAUUUCGUCAUUUAAAAAACAAUGGAUAUUUGGACAAAUAGGGUGUAAUUUCUAUUCUGUUUGUGGUGGUGUAUUUGGUCUUACAUCAAUUUCAACCAUGGCAGCUAUUGCUUUAACUAGGUUAAGAGCUGUUAACAACCCAUUUAGCUCAUUAAAACUUAGUAGUCGUUCUACCUUAAACUAUCUUGCGUUCGCCUGGAUCUAUGGUUCAAUGUGGAUCAUGCCACCAUUAUUCGGCUGGAGUCGUUUUAUUUUAGAAGGUUUUGGAACAUCAUGCACAUUUGAUUAUGUAUCAAAAAAUUCAUGGGACCGGUCAUUUAUUCUACUAUUGGUAAUCGGUGGCUUUUUCAUUCCAUUUUCAGUUAUUAUAUUUGCUUAUGCAUUCAUUUUAAUGAAAUUAUCUCAACGUGGCCGUCAACUUGGAUCACUAUCAAAAGAUGAAUCCUAUUCGAAUCCAAAUGGUAUGGCCCAUUAUUUUAAUCAACUAAGCGUACAAAAUGAAAAUCCAGGAUGUCAAGGAUCAACAGCACCUUUCUCAUUCAGUAAUGAAAAUGCAAUGCGAAAUAUUCGUCGUACCGAAACUCGUGCUACACGUACAGCAUUACUUAUAUGUACGGUAUUUUGUUCGGCAUGGGGACCCUAUGCUUUUAUGGCUUUAGUUUCUGCAUUUGGCUUUGAUCAUUUAUUAAGUAUUUACACAACAGCAAUACUGGGUAUGCUUACGAAAGUAGCCGCUUGUAUCAAUCCAUUGAUAUAUGCAUUGUCAUUAAAUGGCUUUCGAGAACGAAUAGGCUCAUACGUUAGACGGAUUUGUCAUUGUGAUUUCAAAUAUCGUGGUCGUCUGUUAUCAUCAAAUAUUGAACUUAACAGAAAAAAUCAUUCCACAGUAGCCAACACGGCACUCGCUCGGAAACGUACACAAUCGGAUUUAAUGCACCGUGUCGAUUCGUCAGAGAGUAGAGCACUUUGA